AUGCCGAACAAGACCGAACUCAGUUAUCGGCCGAAAUUGUUCCCAUUUGAAUCUGAGUCUGAAUCCGAGCUGGGGGAGGAUGAUGAUCUCUUGAUUAUUGGAAUUGAUUUUGGGACUACGUACUCUGGGGUUGCAUGGGCCACGAAGGUCGACUUUGAGAGCGAGCAAAUCAAUGUAAUCACUACUUGGCCCGGCAACGGUCGAGAAGAAGGCAAGGCUCCAACUGAGCUGUACUACGAGCAUGACCAGAUUAUGUGGGGAUACGAAAUGGACAGCGAUGUGGACCCAAUCCGUUGGUUCAAACUUCUCCUUCUGAAGGAGGAGGAUAUAUCUCCUGAGUUGCGAUCCUCCGAGUUCCUUCUUCGCGCCCGCAAGAUGAUGAAGGAAAAUGGGAAGACUGCCAUGGAUCUAAUCUCUGAUUACCUGCGGAUGCUGUGGAAGCAUAUCAUGGACACGAUCUCCAGGGAUCGUGGCCCGAAUGUUCUGGACGCUCUUCAACUUCACGUUGUCAUUACGGUCCCUGCCAUAUGGAAGGAUUACGCACGACAGCAGAUGCAGGAAGCCGCCAAAAAGUCGGGAAUACUUGAUCGUCGACGUGCUGGGCCAACCAAUUUGACCUUUGCGCCUGAACCUGAAGCAGCUGCUUUGGCGACCUUGUGUGAGCCGAAUAAAAGUAAGAACGUCAAAAAAGGAGAUGUGUAUCUCGUCUGCGAUGCUGGAGGAGGCACGGUUGAUCUUAUCAGCUACAAAAUCAACUCAACGAAUCCAAUCCACAUGGGCGAAGCAGCGGAAGGGACAGGCGGGCUCUGUGGUGGCAUUUUCAUUGAUGAAGUCUUCGAGCGCAUAGUCAAAAACCGGCUGGGUCGUGGGUGGGACCAACUCAGUAGGACAAGUAUCAAAGACAUCAUGAGGGGAGAAUGGGAGCAGUCGAUCAAACCGCAGUUCAAACCGACAAACGCCAGGAAGGAGUACAUCGUUUCCAUUCCGGCCGAGGCGUUUAGGAGACAGUCCCUCGACGACAUGAGCAGAGAGCCGUUCAUCAAAAAAGGCCGGAUACAUUUCAGCGGGGCACAGAUCGAGUGUGCCUUCACUGGCGUUUUCGACGACAUUGACAAAUUGGUCGAUGCGCAAAUCCACAAAGCAAAGGAUCAAGGCCUAUCCGUAACGGCAAUAAUCCUCGUUGGGGGAUUCGGCGCAAGCCCAUAUCUUUACACGCACUUGCAGGACCGACAUAAAUCAGCAGGUAUUAGCAUCCUGCAAUCCGAGGGUAUAAAGCCGCGCACUGCAAUCUGUCGUGGUGCUGUAUAUAAGGGCUUCCUGGAUGGAAAGGUCACCGGAGCCAACGGCAACGAAGGUGUCGCUAACAUUGUGGCACCUAUUCGCGUAAUAUCCACUAUAUCAAGGGCGAGUUACGGCGUCAUGUAUCGUGACAAAUUUAAUUUCAACCAGCAUCUCAAGGAAGACAAGGUUUGGAGCCCAGAACAAUGCGAAUGGAGGGCCGACAACCAGAUGGCAUGGUUCUUGAAGAGGGGAGAAAAUGUCUCAAAGAUAGAUCCGGUGACGAAGGAGUAUUACCGGCUCUACAGAAAAGACUUUGGCGGCACUUGGGAGGAAUUUAUUUACCAAUGUGCAGAUGAGGAACCCCCCAGCCGGAAGAUCUCAAGUGUGAACCACUUGAGCACGAUUGAGUGUUCCCUUGAUAUCCCGUUCGACGCAUUAGCAGAUUAUCAGAACUCGGCUGGUGAGAACAUGAAAAAGAUGGAGUAUAGCGUCAAAAUGGUUCCUUCUGGAGCUAGCAUGGAGUUUGCCGUGUCCAUUGAUGGGAGGAACCUCGGGAGGAAGAACGCCAAUGUCCGUUUUGAGUAGGUUCACGUUCUUGUUUUAGUCGUUCUGGGGUUUGAGACGGGGUGAAUAAUAAUUCGUACUUCCAUGUAAGGUAAUCGUAAUGGAUUUGAAUUUGUGGCCAGUUG